AGCUACAUUCCAAAACGUCGUUUCCGAGGAAAAUUUUACUCGAAAUAUAUAGUACACGUAACGUAUCCUAUAUUACAUCGAGUAAAAUUUUCCUCGGAAAGGACGUUUUGGAAUGUAGCCUUGGAAGUCUAUCGCGUGCGUUUCUAAAAUCAUUUUAUUCGCUGCAGUUUGCCAUCUUGCGAUAGAAAAUUGUUCUCCGUUUCCGGAUCUUUUGUUCAGAGGGUCAUAACUUUUUUUUUUCUAAUGAAGUAGAGUUUCAUGUAUGUUUAACGAUAUCCGGGGAAUUCCAUUUCUCUUCUUUUAUACGUGUGCAAUCGAAAGUUCGAGCUCAUUCGAGGGUGUGACUCAGUGUGACUAAAAAACUGCAGGAUUACUAAAAACGACAUUGACGAUUUGGAUCGUUGAUCAUUCGCGAAAAUCCGCUAUUAUUCGUCAGCAUCAAGCAAGUGUUUUCGACACGUAAUACAUUUUGCGAGUUUCGUCCGCAAACUGAAUUUUGCUCUUACUGAACUAAGAGCAAGAUGACGAAGAAAGGAAAAAAGAAGAAGCAGACAGCAGCUGCGUCAACAUCAGAAGAUGGGAAAUUACAACAAACUUUACAACAACAAGCGACACCUGAGUCAACCUCAGUGCAAGCAAUACCAGGUCCAUCGCAACAACAGCAGCAGAAAGUAAUACAGGAUCAAUCACAGCAACAAACAGCAUGUGGUCCACAACAACCAGGACCACCACAGCAGCAAUCCAUACAGCAGGGUCAACCAUCAACAGCAUGGGGUCCGCGACAACCGGGACUACCACAGCAGCAAUCCGUACAGCAAGGUCAACCACCAACAGCACAGGGUUCACGACAACCGGGACCACCACAGCAGCAACCCUUACAGCAGAGUCAACCAUCAACAGCUUGGGGUCCGCGACAACCGGGACCACCACAGCAGCAAUCCGUACAGCAAGGUCAACCACCAACAGCACAAGGUUCACGACAACCGAGACUAUCACAGCAGCAACCCUUACAGCAGGGUCAACCACCAACAGCAUGGGGUCCGCGACAACCGGGACCAUCACAGCAGCAACCCUUACAGCAGGGUCAACCACCAACACCAUUGGGUCCGCGCCAACCGGGACCACGACAGCAGCAACCCUUACAGCAGGGUCAACCACCAACACCAUGGGGUCCGCGACAACCGGGACCAUCACAGCAGCAACCCUUACAGCAGGGUCAACCAUCAACAGCAUGGGGUCCACGCCAACCGGGACCACCACAGCAGCAACCCUUACAGCAGGGUCAACCAUCAACAGCAUGGGGUCCGCGACAACCGGGACCACCACAGCAGCAAUCCGUACAGCAAGGUCAACCACCAACAGCACAGGGUUCACGACAACCGGGACCAUCACAGCAGCAACCCUUACAGCAGAGUCAACCACCAACAGCAUGGGGUCCGCGACAACCGGGACCAUCACAGCAGCAACCCUUACAGCAGGGUCAACCACCAACACCAUGGGGUCCGCGCCAACCGGGACCACCACAGCAGCAACCCUUACAGCAGGGUCAACCAUCAACAGCAUGGGGUUCGCGACAACCGGGACCACCACAGCAGCAACCCUUACAGCAGAGUCAACCAUCAACAGCAUGGGGUCCGCGCCAACCGGGACCACCACAGCAGCAAUCCUUACAGCAGGGUCAACCAUCAACAGCAUGGGGUCCGCGACAACCGGGACCACCACAGCAGCAAUCCGUACAGCAAGGUCAACCACCAACAGCACAGGGUUCACGACAACCGGGACCACCACAGCAGCAACCCUUACAACAGAGUCAACCAUCAACAGCAUGGGGUCCGCGACAACGGGGACCACCACACCAGCAACCCUUACAGCAAGGUCAACCACCAACAGCACGGGGUCCGCAACAACCGGGUCCAUCACAGCAGCAAACUCCAAUUGAUAUUGGUGCUGGAGGUGAUACUCAACAAAUACAGAUAUCUCAGCUUAGCUUGGAAGAUCCAUUUCACUCGCCAAAGAUGGAAAAAGGAAAAAUGUCAUCAACUGAUAUGGUAGCAUAUCAAAGUAUGAUACCAAAGAGACAAGAUCCUACGAAAGCUGGAACAAUGGGGCAAAGAAUCAAGGUGUACACAAAUAUGUUUGAAAUUAUAUUUGCCAAGAACUUCGUAACUAAUGCCGUUCAUUAUGAUGUUACUAUUAAGCCUAUCAAAAGUUCCAAAUCAGAUUCCAAAAAAGACUCUAAAAAACUAGACAAAGCACCAAAACUUCCCAAAGCUUUAUGUAGAAAUAUUUUCGAACAAUGUAGAAACCAACAUUUUGGCAACAGAUAUCCAGCAUAUGAUGGCAAUAAAAAUGCAUAUAGUGCAAAUGACCUUCCUUUUUCUGAUUCUAUGCAAGCUGUUGUCUGUCAUAAAAAUGAAAAUGGACAACAAAAACAAUAUGAAAUUAUUAUAAAUAAGGUAGCUAAUGUUGAUCUUAGCUGGAUAAAAAAUUUGAGACCUGGUCUUGCAGAAAAUAGAGAACAAACUGCUAUGCAAGUCUUGGAUAUUAUCAUGCGUCAUGCACCGGAAUCACGAUUUACUAACGUUGGAAGAUCAUUUUUUUGGGAUGUAAAUGAAAGAGAACUCUUAGGUGGUGGCUUAGCUUUAUCACGCGGUGGAUUUAUGGCUGGUGUACUUGGCUGGCAACCGUAUCUGAAUGUAGAUGUUUCCCAUAAAGGAUUUACUAUACGUCAGAAAGUACUCACAUAUAUAACUGAAGUUGUAAAUCAAGGAAGAUACCGUGAUCCAAUCAGGGAAGAUAAUCUCACUUAUAACGAUCUGGCGUGGAAUAAGACUAAAAUACAAAGUUUUUUGAGGGGUUUAAAAGUUAUUUACGAAAUACCUAACUCUCCGACUUCGAAGCGGACAUAUCGUGUAGUUGAAUUAUAUGAUGAGACUAGUGACUCGCAUAAAUUCACGGAUUCCGAAGGUAGAGAAUGCUCGAUAACGGAAUACUUUUGGCAGUAUAAAAAAUACAAGAUAUGUAGGACUAAUUUGCAUACUCUUCAUGUGGGCGUGAAUGCUAGAGGAGGCAAAGUUUUGCUGCCUUUAGAAUUAUGUACUAUUAUGCCUGGUCAGGCUUAUAAUAAAAAACUGGAUGAAACACAAACUACAAACAUGAUCAAAAGAGCAGCAACAGAUGCAUUUACUCGUAAAGACAGAAUAGCAAAAGCGUUUGAAACAAUCAAUGUGAACAGAAGUCCCGUAAUGGAAAAGGAAUUCCAUCUGUCUGUCAGUGCUCAAAUGAAACAGGUAGAUGCCAGAAUUUUAGCUGCUCCACAAUUGAAAUAUGCAGGUGGAACGGCGAAUGUAGCUAAAGGAGUAUGGCGCUUGCAGCCAUUUAAUCAAGCAAAAAACUUAGAGACCAACUCGUGGACUAUUCUUGAUUUGAGUGGGAAAUCAAAAAUUGACGAUUUUAUACAGGCAUUUGUGAAAAUGUUACAGAGCAAUGCAAGAGAAGUAGGUAUGAAUAUUGAUCUUCCUCUAAAACCAUUUAAAAGUUUUCGCACAGAGAGAGAUUUGAAAUAUAUUACAGAAUUUUUUAAUAAAAAUAAAAAUUUAAAAUUGAUAAUAGUUAUCAUACCAAAUCGUACAGACAUAACAUAUGGCAACGUAAAAAAAAUUACUGAAAUGGAAGUAGGCGUUUUAACACAGUGCGUAAAGAUUGGAACCGUGGAAAGAGUCAAUCAUUCGACAGCAAAGAAUAUUUUGUUAAAAAUAAACUCAAAACUGAAUGGUGUCAAUCAUACAUUGAAUAUAAUGCCAAUGUGUCUACAAAGUCCUUGUAUGCUUAUUGGUGCUGAUGUAACCCAUCCAUCUCCCGAUUCUAAAGAUACACCAUCUAUCGCGGCAGUUGCUGCAAGUAGAAAUCCUCAAGCUUUUCAGUACAAUGUUGCACUUAGACUUCAACCACCCAAAGAAGAAAUGAUUUUGGAUCUUGAAGAAAUAAUACUUUCACAACUUUGUACCUAUCGAGAGGAAACAAAAUCUGAACCGAAGAAAGUCAUCUAUUACCGAGAUGGAGUUAGUGAAGGGCAACUUCCACAAGUUAUGUAUCACGAAAUAAAUGCCAUAAAAAAAGCGAUAUAUAGAUUUACAAAAGGUCAAAGGAAUAUUGAAGUCACUUGCUUGGUCGUCCAAAAGAGACAUCAUGUGCGUCUCUUCCCAACAGAUAAGAGAGAGUCAGAUGACAGAAAUUUUAACGUGAGAGCGGGCACAAUUGUGGAUACAAAUAUUACUCAUCCAGAUCACAUUGAUUUUUAUCUCGUAUCACAUGCAAGCAUUCAGGGUACCGCAAGACCUACAAAGUACAGAUGCAUAUGUAAUGAAUCUAACUUCAACGAAGAUCAGCUUGAAGAAUUGACUUAUUAUCUUUGCCAUAUGUAUGCUCGCUGUACAAGAUCUGUAAGCUAUCCGGCGCCAACUUAUUAUGCUCAUUUAGCAGCUUAUCGCGGAAGAGCUUUGUUACAAGGGAUCAAAAACUUUAAAUUGGAUAACUUGGAAAGGGAGCAGAGAAAUUUCAUGACAAUGAAGAUGGCAGGAUCACCGAUGUAUUUCGUUUAAGGAUAGAUAUUCAUGAUUUCAAGAAUGUUGAAGAAUAUUUGUCAAUACACAUACUAUAACUUGAGAGCAACUUAUUUCCGAAUUUAGAUUUAUACAAUUUUUUUUUAAUUUUUAAAUUCCUAAUUAUUUCCCGCAUAAUUGAUCUUUAUUUUUAGAGUAUUCUGUAUGUAUGUAUGUAUGUAUUAUGUAAAAUAUAUAUACACAGAUUUCUUUAAAUUAAAAUAAUUAAAUAAAGCAUAUAUUUUUUUGUUUUUAAUAAAUUUUAUCAAAUCUAAAGAAAUGUGUAUAAACUUUGAAACAUGCUUUGGAAUAGUCGAACAAAACUGUUUAUUAAAUUUAAAGAAACUGUGUGUAUAUAUAUAUUUUACAUAAUACAUAUAUUUCACACACACACGCGCGCGCGCGCGCGCGCAGAAUACUCUAAAAACUGUUUAUUAAAUCUAAAGAAUUCUUUCUCUGUGCGCACGCACGCACGCACGCACCACGCGCGCGCGCACACACACGCGCGCGCGCACACACACGCACACACACACAAAACUACGUAAGUAAUUAUACAGUCAAUGUUCUUUAUUUCUGGCGAUUUCAUACUCGAAAAUAUAUGGUAGCAUAUGGGAAAAAUUUACAUUUCAAGAAAAAUUUAAGACUACUGAAAAAUGUAAUUGCGUGAAUAUGCAAUAAUUUAUAUCUAUAAUAAAAUUCUUAAAAUAUCUAUUGCGAAUAAAAAUGUGAUCACAAAUAUGUAAAUUAUAAUCCGCAAAUAAAGAACGUCGACUGUAGUUAUCAUUUAAAAAAGUUUAAGAAAAGGUAAUAUAAUUAUAUAUAUAAAUAAAAUAUACCCAUACAUAUGCUUUAUAUAUACAUACAUAUAUAUAUUUCACAUAUGAAAUAAAUAGGCUAAACAAGUUUUAUGAAUUAUGAUUUGUUUUUAAUCAUCUAUAAAAGUUGUUUAGAUAUCUAAACGCACGAGAGAGCGUACAUACUGCAUAUAUUACAUAUAAUAUAUAAUACUGAUUGUUUUUGAACGUCCUAAUAUUAACGUUCAGAAGUUUGAUUCUCAUCUGCGUUUUUACACAUAUUUAUAUAUGUAUUUUAUAAGAAUUAUAAAAUUAAAAUAUGCCUAUAUGUUAUAUCUAAUUAUAUGUAUAUGUAUAUAAGAAUUACUUUUUAAGAUUAUGUAUUGAAUUCUGUUGAAAGGAAUUAAAUAAAUGGGAUUUAUACGUUA